UGUGUCCUCAGUUUCCCAGCAUGCCUCAGCUGUGGAGCUGUAUGAGGGGGACUCGUUCAUGCUGCCCUGUCAGUAUAACACUUUCGCUCUGACUGACCCCUCUGUGGUGUGGAGUCGCUCCGACCUCAGUCCUCCAACCGUCCACCAGCGUCAGCUUCAAGGAGACGAACUGAAAGAUCAAAACCAGCGUUACAGCGGCCGAACAUCCAUGAAGCCUGACGCUCUGGAAACUGGAGACCUCAGCCUGAACCUGACCAACCUCCAACUGUCUGACAGCGCCACCUACACCUGCUCCGUCACAGACCUUAGAUAUGGCUACAUGAGACUGGGAGACGUACAGUUGCAGGUCAAAGAACGGUUUCCAUCCUGGGCCAAAGCUCUCCUGGUUCUUCUUGUGGUUUCUGGAGGUCUACUAUUUCAUUUCCGUUACUAUUUCAUGUCAGUCCCCUGGGUGGGGGUGGAUUCAGGGGUGGAGUCUGUCCAGCUGAUCUGCAGAACCACAGUUUGCCUGCCUAAAGACGCUAAAGUGGAGUGGAAGGACAGAGACGGCAGGAAGGUCCACGUGUAUGAGAACGGCUCUGACCAGCCUGAAGAACAGGACAAGAAUUACAACGGUCUAACAAAGAUGAAGAGAAACUUACUGGAACCUGGAGACCUCAGUCUGAUCCUGAAAUACCUCACAGAUGGAGACAACUCCACCUACACCUGCACCGUCUACAGCAGGGAGGGAAACAUCCUGAUGACGAAACAAGUGGAGUUGAAAGUCAGAGUCUGUCAGGUGGAGGUGGAGGAGGGGGCGGAGUCUGUCCAGCUGCCCUUCAAAACCACACAAAACCUGCCUGAAGAUGCUGAAGUGGAGUGGAGACGCGUGCAGUCAGCACAUCGACAAAGUGCGUGUAGGCUAGCCGCUGCCUUCUGCUCCCGACGGUAUGUUCUGUCCAACAGAGUCGUGCUUUGUCCUCGCCUGAACGGCCACAGUGCUGUUAUACGAUACUACAGCUCCGACUCAAAGGAUGAGCUGCACAUUAGAUACCUGGACGGAGAAGACAGCGGUAUUGUCGUCAUUGGAAUAAAUCGACCAAAAGCCAAAAAUGCCAUAAACAAAAAUCUUGUGAAAAUGAUGUUUGAAGCUGUGGAGGACAUCAAGAAGAAUAAAAAAGUGCGCAGUGUAAUUUUAUGUAGUUUAGUUCCUGGUAUAUUUUGUGCAGGUGCAGAUCUGAAGGAGAGGGCCAAGAUGCACCAGAGCGAAGUGGGACCAUUUGUAUCCAAAGCAAGAGCCCUCAUUACAGAGCUAGGAAACCUGCCAGUACCAACAAUUGCUGCAAUUGAUGGUGCUGCCUUAGGAGGAGGUUUGGAAAUGGCCCUUGCUUGUGACAUCAGGAUUUCCUCCAAUAUUGCCAAAAUGGGACUAGUUGAGACUACACUUGCAAUUAUUCCUGGAGCAGGUGGUACACAACGUCUCCCUAGGGUGAUUGGCGUCUCUCUAGCCAAGGAGCUCAUCUUUGCUGCACGAGUGGUUGAUGGGACACAGGCGCAACAAAUGGGUCUUGUCAGUCAUUCUGUGGAGCAGAAUAACAGUGGAGAUGCUGCCUACUUGAGGGCUCUGGAGCUUGCACGGGAGAUUAACCCCCAGGGCCCAAUUGCAAUAAGGAUGGCAAAGUUGGCAAUUAACCAGGGGAUAGAGGUGGAUUUAUCUACAGGUCUGGCAAUAGAAGAGGCUUGUUAUUCCCAGGUGAUACCAACCAAAGACCGUUUGGAAGGCUUGUCUGCUUUCAAAGAGAAGAGGCAGCCUCAGUACAAAGGGGAAUGAAGUCAUCGUUCCAGAAUCGAUCAGUUCUGCCUUCAGCUCUGCUACUGUUCCUCUGCUUCCAACAUAAAUUAUGGGUCAGACUAAACUCGUCAACACAUUACCCCUUACAUCAUAGUUGACAGCUGGACCUUAGGGGUCGUUGUGGGCUGGUGUUUCAGGCUAAAGCACUUUCUGACUUUGUUAAUACUAUUCACUUUUAUUUAUAGAGUGACAAUUUAUGACAGCAGUCACCACAAGGUGCUUUAAAUUGUAAAGUAAAGAAUUUACAACUAAUCACAUUAAGAUUUGGAGAAACAAACAAACUAACCCAGCUAAGUACUGCCGUGUUCAUGUCUGCAUACGCGUUACUGUAAUCCAUUACUUGUAAUGCAUUACUGCCCAUCUCUGGUGAUGAGUCACAUAAGAAUCAGAAUCAGAAUCACAUUUAGUGGCCGUGUAUAUGCACAGACACAUACAAGGAAUCUGGUUCCGGUACAUGGUGAAUCUGAAGCACAGCGAUGUAUAUCUCAACAAUGUAAGCAACACAAUACUUUUUGAGGAUGGAGUUGAUGUUGGUCUCCCACUUCAGGUCCUGGGAGAUGGUGGUACCC